AUGCCUACAACAACCUUUAAAUUAAACACCGGCGCAAGCUUACCUGCCAUUGGACUUGGAACAUGGCAAUCAAAGCCAAAAGAAGUUUACACUGCUGUUUUAACUGCAUUGAAGGCUGGCUAUCGACAUAUCGAUACUGCCUUUGUCUAUCGAAAUGAAAAAGAAGUUGGACAGGCAAUUAAAGACAGUGGCAUUCCUCGCGAUCAACUGUUUAUUACAACUAAGCUCUGGAACACAAGUCAUCGCCCUGACCUUGUUCAAAAGGCCAUUGAAGUCUCUCUUGCCAAUCUUCAACUGGAUUACUUGGACUUGUAUUUGAUGCAUUGGCCAAUUGCGUUUAAGCCUUCUGAACAUAACAUGCCCAAGAAUGAACAAGGAAAAAUUGCUGUCGAUUUAUCCAUUGAUUUUGUAGACACAUAUGCUGCAAUGGAAAAACUUGUUGCGUUGGGCAAGACACGCGCUAUUGGUGUAAGCAACUUCAAUAUUCCUAACCUUGAUCGACUAUUGAAAAACUGCAAGAUUCCUCCAGCUGUCAAUCAGGUUGAAUUACACCCUUAUUUGCCUCAACCUGAACUUGUUGAGUUUUGUCAAAAGAACAAUGUUCAUGUCACUGCUUACUCUCCUCUUGGGGCUACCAAUUCACCUUUGAUGAAAGAAAAAGUCGUACUCGAUAUUGCUCAAAAGCAUCAUGCCUCUUUUGCUCAAGUACUUUUGGCUUGGGGUAUUCAACGUGGUUGCUCUGUCAUUCCAAAGAGUGUUACACCCUCCAGAAUUGUAUCCAACUUUGAAGUAAUUCAGCUUGACAAAGCAGAAUUUGAAGCUUUAGAACAUAUCGCAAAGCAAAAGCAACCUAAGCGUCUAGUUGAUCCUUCGCCUUUCUGGGGUGUAGAUAUUUACAAGGCCAAAUUGUAAUAAAUAAGA